AUGUUCAAGAAUAUUCCCUUGUACUUUACCUUACUGUUAAUUUUAGUCCAUCUUCUUGUCCCAAUACAAUCAGUGCCUGAAGGUGCACUGAUUACUCAGAUUCCAGGUUUCAGCGGCACUUUCCCUUCCAAACAUUAUUCUGGAUAUGUGACGAUCGAUGAAGUUCAUGGGAAGAAAUUGUACUACUAUUUUGUUGAGUCUGAAAGAAAUCCAUCAAAGGAUCCUGUUGUUCUUUGGCUAAAUGGUGGUCCUGGAUGCUCGAGCUUUGAUGGGUUUGUUUAUGAGCAUGGUCCCUUCAAUUUUGAGGCAGGAAAACCGCGUGGUAGCCUUCCCACCCUGCAUCUCAAUCCAUACAGCUGGUCCAAGGUAUCCAACAUUUUAUAUUUAGACUCUCCUUCUGGUGUUGGAUUGUCUUACUCGGGAAAUAAAUCUGAUUAUGUUACGGGAGAUUUGAAGACUGCCUCGGACUCCCAUACAUUUCUCCUCAAGUGGUUUGAGCUCUACCCAGAAUUCCUAUCCAACCCGUUUUAUAUAGCUGGAGAAUCAUAUGCUGGAGUGUAUGUGCCAACCCUGGCCUAUGAAGUAGCUAAAGGAAUUGAUGCUGGUACAAAGCCUGUUCUCAAACUAAAGGGAUACAUGGUGGGAAAUGGAGUUACAGAUGACGUGAUUGAUGGCAAUGCUCUUAUACCAUUUGUACACGGGAUGGGUCUCAUCUCAAAUGAACUUUUUGAGGAAAUUAAUGCUGAUUGCCAAGGGAACUAUUAUAAUCCAACGAGUUUUAACUGUGAAAACAAGCUUGCCAAAGUUGAUAAAGAAAUUGAGGACUUAAACAUAUAUGACAUUCUUGAACCAUGCUAUCAUGACCCAAAAAGUAAAAUCACACUCGGUAAUGAGAAGUUGCCACUGAGCUUCAGGAAAUUAGGUGAGACUGAGAGGCCACUACAUGUGAGAAAAAGAAUGUUUGGGCGUGCCUGGCCACUAAGAGCACCUGUAAGAGAAGGACUUGUCCCCACUUGGCCACAGCUUCUCAAUAGUGAAAGCAUCAUGUGCACAGAUGAUGAAGUUGCAACUUCAUGGCUGAACAAUGAAGCAGUUAGGAAAGCAAUUCACGCUGAAAAUGGAAAUGUAAUAGGAAACUGGGAGCUGUGUACUGAAAAAAUAAUAUUUUAUCAUGAUGCUGGAAGCAUGAUCAAAUAUCACAAGAACCUCACAUCUCGAGGAUAUCGAGCGCUUAUAUACAGUGGGGAUCAUGAUAUGUGCGUCCCAUUUACUGGAAGUGAAGCUUGGACAAAGUCGGUUGGAUAUGAGACUGUAGAUGAAUGGAGGCCUUGGCACGUAAAAGACCAAGUAGCUGGGUACAUCCAGGGUUAUGAUAACAAUCUCAUCUUCCUCACCAUUAAGGUCUGUGCAUCCAGAACUUUGUGCUUUUAUUAUUAA